AUAAAAAAUAAAAAAAUUAACAUCAUAAAAAGUAAACAGAUUCAUUCAUUCUUCUAUUUAUUUAUUUACAUAUCUAUCUAUCUUUCUGCCAAUUUAGCAAUUAAAAGUUAGUUAAGCAAAUUAUAUAGCAUGGAUAAGUUAACAUUAUUCUAGAUUUUUAGCUGCUUGAUAUUCGUCUCUAUCAAAGAAGCUCACGCUCAAACUUCAAAUACCAGUAACAAUCCGAAUCAAACUACUAAUAAUGCUUGUAAUAUAAAACAUUGUAUUACUUGCAGCACAUCUACUCAAGAGUGCACUUAAUGUGAAACAAAUAUGACCUACGAUUUGCAAUUAUAAGCAUGCAUAAAUAUAGGUCCAUGCCCUUUGGGAUAAUACAAAACUUCACCAACAUCACCUUGUUAGGAUUGCUACUAAACAUGUAAAUCAUGUUAUGAUGGAUAACCUACAUCAUGCUAUGAUUGUGUUGAUGGCUAUGUGUAAGCGCCAGACCUAUACAGCAACAAACUUAUUUGUGUUUCGUGUACAAUACUAAACUGUAGAGAAUGUUUCAGCAAGGAUGAAUGCAGUAUUUGUGAAGAUGGUUUCUUAUUAAAUAAAAAUACUGGAUUAUGCGAACCAUGUUAGAUUUAAAAUUGCUAAGAUUGUAGUGGAGACAAAACAAAAUGCAAUACUUGCUUACUUUCUUACCAAUUACAAAUAUCCAAUAACUAGUAGAUUUGUGUACUAAAAGGGAAUUGCCAAUUGGGUUAUUAUCAAGAUUCUUAAGGAAAUUGCAGUUAAAAAUGUGACGUUUCAUGCCUUCAUUGUUUUUCAGCUGGCAAUUCAAAUUGCUAUUAAUGUGCCUAAGGAUAUUAUUAAUCUAAUAAACAGUGCUUACCUUGUAGUUCUAACUGCCAAACUUGCUAAAAAAGUGAUCAUUAUUGUACUUCAUGCCCAAAUAAUAUGAUUUUAAGUGGUAGUGCAUGUAUUCAAAAAUGUAAUUAUGGCGAAUAUAAUAAUAAUGGAUUUUGCUAACCUUGUCCUCCAAAUUGCGUUUAAUGUAUUGAUGGGAAUACUUGCACAGCAUGCACUGAUAAGACUUAGUUCUAGAUUUCAAAUGGGUAAUGUGUUGGAGUUUGCUAAAAUGGCUAUUAUAAUCAAUUAAGCAGAAGCGAUAUGGAUUUAUGGUAACAGUUUAAGUUUUAAUAAAUAGUUUCAUAGCCUAAUUGCUAAAAGUGUAACUCAAGUUGUGCAACGUGUUCAGUUUAUUAAAAUAAUUGUACUUCAUGCAAAAAUGGAUAUUUACUUAAUCCUAACAAUUACUGUUAAAAUUAAUGUAAUAGUUCACAAUUUUUGUUUUAUGAUCCAUAUUAAAAGUAAUCAAUAUGCAUGCAAUGUCCUUAUCCUUGUGGAUCUUGUAAAGACUAAUUCACUUGCACUUCCUGCAUUUCAUCAGAUUUUACUCUUGACAGUACUGGAGCUUGUACAUUUAGUGGUUAUAAUGUAGGGAAUUGCAAAGAAAAUUAAGUUAAUUUUAGCUAGUUAUGUUUAGAUUCAUGCCCAACAGGUACUAUUCUUCAAGGUGAUACUUGCAUGUGUGAUUAUUCUUGCAACUUUUGUUUGUUAUAAGUAUCAAAUAUGAUCACUGAAUGUGUUUAAUGCAAUAAUCCAGAUUAUUUUUAAAGCCAAGGAGUCUGCAGUUAACAAUGUCCUUAAAACCUUUAUUAAAUUGGAAAAGUUUUUUAUUAUUAAGGUAGGACUCCAUAUUUCUACAACUCAUGUGUAGCUAAAUGCCCUCAAAGUUUAUUUAGCUAAGUGAGCAUUAACAGUAGAUAGUGUGUUUAGUCUUGUACUUCAGGAUAUACUUAAAUAUAAAAUAUGUGUGUAAAUACUCCAUGCACCAGUUAGUAGUUCUUUGAUACUAAUUCAUAUUCCAACGAUUAAAAUUUAGGGAUAAAUAAUAAAAGCUUGACUUCUUAUUGCAUUAGUUGUGAUCCUUCGUGUUCAAAUUGUGACUCACAAGGGAAUUAAAAUUGUUUGGGUUGUGCUACAGGUUAUUACUAGCAAAUUAGAUUUCCUUCAACUGGAGGAUAGCCUUUUUAAGUUUGUACAAAAACUUGUGAUUAAGGGUAUAUUGUUCCUCCUGGAAGUUCUUAAUGCAAGUAAUGUUAAAGCCAAUGUUAAGUUUGUGCAUCUGGACUUUAUUCUAUAUUGAGCAGCAUUUUACAUCCUUAAGUAACUAAUUAAAAUGUUUAUGAUUGCUUGUAAAAUUGUCCGCCAGGAACUGUAGCAUAAAAUAAUUAAUAUACUUGUAACGUCAAUACUGAAAUAGAUGUUAUUGUUGAUUAUACUAAUUCUGUAGAUAACCUUUUUUGUGUUUAAAGUAAUAUUAAUAUUGCUCUAGCUAUUAAUACAAUCCAAAGCUUAACCUAAAACCCUAAGUACAAUUGCACAGUAGCUGGCCUUAAUCUUCCAAUUUAAAUGUAGAACAUAAACUAAGGAUAAUAUACAAAAUUUAAUGGAGUAAUUCCAGCUAACACUUUACAAGAAGACUAAUCUUAUAAUAUUACUUGUAACGUUACUAUGAAUAACGUUAAUUACUCUAGCAGUUAAUAAAUUUCUACCUUUAAGCUGAUUCCAGGUAAUUUUACUGUCGAUUAGACAUCGGGAACUGCACUAAAUUAAACAUUUUAUUUUAGCAUUUCUGGUUUUUAUCUAGAUAAUAUUAGUCCUGAUGAUUAUUUACUAUAGUAUCAGAUAAGUGCUCAAAUGUCAGCCAUCAGCUAUCCUUACAAUAAUUACACAAUAUUCUAAACAAACGAUUAGUUUUUCAGAAGUAAUCCUGAUCAGGCUUUAGGAUUAAAUUACACUUACGCCUACACGUUCCCAUAAAUUUUUGCACCUGCUAAUAUCACAAUCUACUUAACUGUAUAUGGAGUUUCUGCUCUGUAAAGGGUUUACAAUCUAACUAUAAAUUUGUAGCCAUGCAAUUAAACACAAAAUUAAUAAUCAUUAUCAACUAAAUUAUAGCAAAUAAUAAAUUAAUUAAAUGUGAAUUAGAAUGCACCAAUUAAUUUAACAAGCUUAAUUGCAUUCACAUAAUAAUUGCAAAAAAAUAAUAUAGUACCCAGUCUUGAUCUGGGCUAAAAGUAAGCUAUAUCCAUCCAAAAAAUGAUUUCCAACCAACCCUUUAUCGAUAUAUUUAUAACCUGUAAUGCAGCCAAAGAUUGUUCAGGUUAAGGUACUUGCAAAUAAAAUAUAACUUCUUAUUAUAAUAAAUGUGACUGUUUUGUCGGCUUUUCUGGUGAAAUUUGCAGCUGGAGCACUGCUGAUCUUAACUUGGUCCAAAUGGUUUAUAAUAGCUUUUUAGAUUAAUCAAGCUAAUUGCUAUAAAACAUUACUUUAAACCCGACUACAUCAACAAAUAUCUUAUCAAAUUUGAUCAAUCAAAUGUAUUAUCUUGUUUAAAUAAGAGAUGUAUUUAACAGCGACAUCAUGUCAAAGUUCAUGAAUUUACUAAAUUCUCCUUAAAUCUAUACAAAUUCCAAUGCAAUUUAAUCAACUGGUUAAUUAUUAUCUAUAAACGAUUUUGCUAUUGAUAUUCUAAGAAAAGCUAGCUCGAAUGGUACAGUGACUCAAAGCUUGGUUUAAGCUGUUUAAAAUAAUUUUGUGUAAACUUUAUAUUUGCUAUAAAAUAAUUUAUAAUAAGGGCAACAAAUGACAUUCUCAUUAAAUAACGUAAAUGCACAGAUCCAAGAUUUAACUUAUGCAAAUUACCAAGGAAAUUAACAAAUUGAAAUGACAGGAGAUGGAAUGACCCCAUAAACUUCAUGGGAUUUAUUUAUUCCUACUUCAGUAUUCGGCUACUAGGCUGGAAAUCUAUAUGCAUAAGCUAUAGUUUAUCCUUGCGAUUUAUAACAAAUAUCAUAAUAAAAUUAUACUAACACUACUUACAAUUUGGUAGCAUCAAAUAUUAUUGAUAUUACUAUAAGAUCAAAAAGCAACAUGUAAUAGUACUAAGUGUAGAACACAUAAACUCCUAUCUAAAUUACUUUAUAAAGAUAAAUUACUCAACAAGAUAUGUAGUUCUAUUAAUUACCUUAUACGUUGAAUUGUACUUACCAAUUAUAAGAUGGAACUUGGACAUCAAAUGGGUUGAAAACCAUAGAUAAUGGUGAUGGUACUUUUACUUGCGUUACAAACCACCUUACUAAUUUUGCUGUAUAAAUCGAAUCUUAUAAUCCUAACUAUUACACAAAAUCUUCAGAUAAUAAGAGUUUAUCUUCAAGUUCCAGUUACUAGUUUUAGUAAUCUUUGUUUAUUGUUUUGAAUUUUGUAAUUAUUAUAACUCUUGGUCAUGUUUGGGGAAUCGUUGCAAUAAAAAGAGACAAAAUUUAGAAACGCAGAUAAAGCUAGAUAAUCUAAUAAUAGGUUCAGAGUAAUAGUUUGAUUUAGAAAAGCCCUCCUAAUUAGUAAAAUGGUGGAGUGACUAUUAAUAUAAACUAAGAUCAAUAAAUAGAUUCUAUUUUCAAUCAGUAGCAAUAAUUUUAAUACCCGCCUUAAUAGAAAGAAAUGAAGCUUGAAGGUAUCCAUGUGACUCAUCAUAGAGAGAUUGAAAAAGAAUAAAUGAUAGCAGGAGUACCAAUUUUUGGUGAUGCCACAGAAACCUAAAAAGUUCAAAUAAAAAGUAAAAGUAAAAUUUCUAAAUUGUAGAUAGACUAAGUAAACAUUGAUAAUGCCAACAUGGUUAGCUAAAAUCCAGAACAAAUAGAUAAAAUAGCCCAAAAUUUAGCAAGAAGAUUAAAAGAAUAAGAAAUUGAUAUGGCUAACUAAGACGACUAAAGUGGAGAACCAGCCAAAAAUUUUAAGGAGAAAGAAGUGAAUAUCAUUCCUAUAAGCACAUUUUAUCAGUAGCCUUAUAUGACAAACUAAGCUUCUCCAUAAAUGACUCUAUUGUAAAAUCCAACAAAUGCACCAGAUUAAAUAGUCAUGAAUGAUCCAUAUACUCUAGAAGUGUCUCCAAACAUUAUAUAGGGAGUUCCUAUACAAGAAAAUAAUGAAUAAAGAGAACGUGCAGAGUCCUUACGUAAGUAUGUAGAAAAGCUUGAUAAAAAUAAAUAAUACAUUGACAAAGCGCAGCAAGAAAAGCUCAGAUUGCUUAUUUAUUAUCAUCCUAUCUUUUCAUUCACUCAUCCUCUCCCUUAUGUUACUGCUCCAGUUAGAACUAUUCUUUUCUUCUAAUUUAUUGCGAUCUAUGAAUGGUUAACAUUAUCUUCAGUAAAUAUAGAGACUCCUCUCGAUUCUCUGACUUUUGGUGUAGGGUUAUCUAUUUUCUUUUAAGUUCUUAUUGGUAAGGCAAUAAUUUAAUAUGUAAUCCCUGCUAUCCUCUACAUAUUAGCAACUAUUGAAAAGAUAUGUACAUCCUAAGUUAGAUAUUCUUACUCGUCUUUUUUAAAAUAUAUUUUUAUCCUCACAUUGACUGUCUAUUGUUUGGUAAUGUUUAGCAAUCUAACUUCUUCGAAUAUUAAUACCCUAAAAGAAUUUACAAACUUCAUAGCCCUUUUAAUCAUUACAAUAAUUGCAGAUUACUUUGUUAUUGAUUUCUUUAUUAUAAAAUUACAGUAAAGCUGUAACUCAGUUCUGAUGCUCAAGCUCAUAAAAGCUAAGAAUUUAUGUCUAGGAGAAAGUUGA